AUGGGACUCCUUACCCGUGUUAAUGCGCUUGGGAUCCUAGCCUCGGCAGAGUUUGCGCAGCCGGCGCUCAGACUGAAAGCGGUGCUGGAGAGCCGGGGCUGUGCAGUAGCUGCGGCCGUGGAAGCCUUUCCGGCAGAGCAACCACAGACAAGUCACGUGCAAGCCGUUCUGGUGCUUGGGGAUGCUCCGGGAGAUCCGGAUGCAUUCAAGCAGGACGGUGAGCUGGGGCUGGCAAGCAGCCUUGCCUUUGCAGCCAUCGCAGCUGGUGCCCCCGUAAAGGCGAUGAAUGGCAAGAGCGGAAAGGAAGAUGUCUCAUCCCUCAUCCAGGACCUUAAAGAGCUGCCAAUCCUGGACCCGCACGAAGCGAGGCAACGAUGGGCGCAAGCUGAAGCGGCAGCUGCUGCAGAUGACGAGGAGGGCCUUGAGGGCGCUUUGGAAUCUUGGCCGGAGCUGAUGACACACCGUGACAGCUCGGGAAGCACCUUGCUGCAUCAUGCAGCUUCGAUGGGGGCCGACAGGGCCACUUCUUUGCUUUUGGAACGUGGUGCCGACGCGGACCUGCGGAACAAGGAGCAGGCAACUGCUGGCGACAUUGCAUUCCGCGCAGGCAAGCAGACGGUCUUUGAGUCCUUGGUCAUGCAUCGUCUGAGACGAGAACAGCAAGCAGAGGUCCCGGAGCCGCCACAGAAGCGCCAGAAGGGCGCCGAUCGGCAAGACCUGGCUCCAGAUCACUAUCUGAACCAGCAGCUGCGAUAUGAGGAGGGGAGGCUCUUGGAUGCCGACUCCAAGGCUGUCAUGAUGGGGUGGGAGGCACCUUUGAUGAAGCAUCAUGCAGAGCUUCUCUUGCCGGAGCAACAGCUGCGCAUUUGCAACGUUGGUUUUGGCUUGGGUCUUGUGGAUGGCUACCUGGCAGAGCGCGAGCCAAGCGAGCACCACAUUAUCGAGGCACACAGAGAUGUGCUUGCAGAGAUGCGGCGCCGCGGUUGGCACAAGCGGAAAGGGGUCGUGGUACAUGAAGGCCGCUGGCAAGACAUCGUUACGCAGCUCCCUGGUGGCUCCCUGGAUGCCAUCUUUUUUGAUACCUGGUCGGAGACUUAUGAAGACCUUCGCCAGUUUCAGGAUGAAGUGACGCGAUUGCUGGCUCCAGGAGGGCGGUUUUCCUUUUUCAAUGGAAUGGCUCCAUACAGCAUCACAGAGCAUGCGACCUUCUGUCGGCUUGCUCAGGAGGAUCUUGUGGCCAUGGGCCUUCCAUGCGAUAUAUGCAAAAUUGAGUUGGGAGAGCUGGGAAAUGAGACCUGGCAGGGGGUGAAAGAGCGCUACUGGCAGUUUGACAGCUACUACCUGCCCUUGGCAAGGAAGCCUCCACAGUCGAGCCAAGCAAAAGACUCUGAUUGCCUGGAAGGUGUCAAAGGUUCCCAGUGGCGUUGCUGGCCAGAGUUUCCUGUUCGGGUGUUGGACAGACUGGGUCCAACUCUACCACGAGCGGCAUUUGGACUGGAUUGA